AUGGAGUCAAUCACUGCAUCAUCCGACCUCGCGAUGGUCCAAGAAUACCCUCCUAUACCUUUCGUGAACCUCAGACGUUUGAAGAAAAUCAUCGAAUCCAAAUACGAUAGCAUCGAACAAGGCGAUGAAAACAUUCACCUCACUGUCAGCAAUUUCGGUGCGACUGACUUCGAUGCAAUCCACAGAUGGCGCGCUAACUUCCGCAAAGGACUACGGUUCACCUAUUUCGGGGACAUCUCCACUUGUAUUAUCAAAUGUCCAAGCAGGUUGCAAGAAUGUGCCCACGGCUCACUAGGCAGUGCGAUCGCGCUGAAACUCAUGAUGAUGAACAUAGACUAUGGUGAAUUUUACCCAAAGGGUGCGACUCUCUACGCGGGACCUUUGGGGUCGUGGAAGCAGGCGAAUUCUUCCUGGAAAAAUCCCAAUAUACGGUCUUCGCAUACCUGGCCGCACCUGGUUCUGGAGGUCGGCCUGGCGGAAAGUUUACCCCGGUUGAGAUCUGACGUAAGGUUUUGGAUUGAGAGGUCUCAAAGACAAGUCGAAAUUGUUAUCAUAGUUCAGAUCAAGCGGCAGACAAGGGAGGUUUUGAUUGAGAAAUAUGUCCCCGCGCAGCCAAGUUCAGGACCGGUGACUCGCUCUCGUGCGACCAGCUUAAGCUUUGUGGCUCAAAAGGUAUCAGAGAUUUCCAUUUCACUUGACAACCCAACAAACACGCCGGUGGUUCAGGGGGGCCCUCUCAUCCUGGAAUUUGAAAAGGUACUUGGCCGUGCGCCUCGCCAUCCCGAACAUGACAUUAUUUUAACACAGGAGGAUUUGAUGCUAUGGUCUGAGCGGCUCUUCCGCGGGAUAUUUAGGACUCUGUAG